CCGUCGGGCUUCCUGGAUGCUCCGCCUCUUCCGCUUCCUUGCUUCCCACGUGGUUGAGGGAAAGGCGAGUCGGGCGCCGGAACAAUCCGGAGGGAAAGCGCCAGGCCUCGGGAGGUGUUCGGGGCGAUGCUGCCGGGAGCCCACGCGUGGCUCCUAGGCCGGGGAUGCCUCUCUUCCGCCUGGGGCUGAGGCUGGCUGCUGACUCCCUGCGAAGAAGCCUCGGCCGCGUAGGUAAUUAUCACAAGGAAGCACACAUGAAGCACCUUUCAAUGGCGGAAGAGGUGAGGACUGUGACGGGCAACCAGGCAAAGAGGCUGAAGAGUAGCAGCUGUGGAAGGGAGGAAGACGAGAAAGAGGACGAUGGGAAGCAGGAGGAGAAGGGGCACGCAUUGAAACGUUUCAAAGCCAGCGAGGAUGAGGCCGAGGAUGGGGCCAAGAGGUUUCCAAAGAGGAAGAUUGUGCUGCUGGUUGCGUAUUCAGGGAAAGGCUACCAUGGGAUGCAACGGAAUGUGGGUAAUUCUCAGUUCAAAACAAUUGAGGAUGACCUGGUGUUGGCCCUCAUUCAGUCAGGAUGCAUCCCAGAAAACCAUGGAGAGGACAUGAAGAAGAUGUCUUUUCAGAGAUGCGCCAGAACAGAUAAGGGUGUUUCUGCAGCUGGCCAAAUUGUCUCUUUGAAGGUCUGGUUGAUAGAAGAUAUUUUACAGAAGAUCAACAACCAUCUUCCUCCUCAUAUAAGAAUUCUUGGGCUGAAAAGGGUCACAGGAGGGUUCAACUCCAAGAACAAAUGUGACGCCCGAACCUACUCCUAUAUGCUUCCAACCUUUGCUUUUGCGCACAAGGACUGUGAUUUCCAGGACCACACUUUCCACCUGAACACAGAGACUCUGGCGACUGUCAACCGCCUCCUGGCCGGCUACAAGGGAACUCAUAAUUUUCACAACUUCACCUCCCAAAAGGGGCCCAAAGAUCCCAGUGCCAAACGUUACAUCAUGGAGAUGUAUUGCGAGGAGCCCUUUGUGCGACAAGGCAUGGAAUUUGCUGUGAUGAAAGUGAAAGGCCAGAGUUUCAUGAUGCACCAGAUCCGGAAGAUGAUUGGCCUGGUGAUCGCCAUUGUGAAGGGCUAUGCCUCAGAAUCCAUAAUGGAGCAGAGCUGGGGAGAGGAGAAGGUGGAUGUCCCAAAGGCCCCUGGGCUGGGCCUGGUUUUGGAACGGGUUCAUUUUGAAAAGUAUAAUAAACGUUUCGGGAACGACGGAUUCCACGAGGCCCUGGAAUGGGCAGAGGAAGAAGAGAAGAUUUCUGCUUUCAAAGAAAAGUAUAUCUAUCCCACUAUUAUAAGCACGGAGAAAGAAGAGAGGUCUAUGGCAAAUUGGCUGGAAACUCUGUCUUACCACGACUUCAACUCCACUGCAUCUAGGACACAGCUGGACAACAGGGACACACAGACCAACGAUCAUGAAGGCAGUGAUGGAUUUGGAGACGACUCGGACUGAAUUAAAAUCAUUCUGGAAGGCGGCAUGUAGUGGCAUCCUGUUUGACUCAUGCCCAUCCAAGUAGCCUCUGUUCAGUCAACUUGAGCGUUUGCUCACCUGCUUGUAUAAUGACAAAACGAUCAGGCUGAACUGAGAGCUGAAGAAAGGCAGACGGGGGACUUGACUCAGGCUGUUUCUCUCUGUUUGCAGCACAUGAAAGGGCAAUACGUCUACUAAAAAUAAUUGUGCAUUCCUAAAAAUAAUUGUGCUUGAUUUAGGAAAUUGUUUUAAAAAGUCAGCUGAAGUAUGCAAUGUUGAGAUACAAAACAAAAUAUUUCAGAGGACUCCAGGCACUAAUUGCUACAAACAAUUACAUUUUAUUUUGUUUUUGGGAGGCCAAACUUCCUUGCUCCUCUUCCAGGCUUUCUGUAGCCACGCAUCUUUCAACUUGGCCAAGGAAUAGUUGACGGGUGUUAACUGCCAUACAUUUGAUCUCUUCCUGCUUAAAGGCAAAAAAAUGUGUUUUGAACUGUUUCUCACUGGGAGAUAUCUGAUCAUUGUUUUCCUUUUAUAAAAAAAUGUCAUAUAGAGGGCUUUCAUAAAGUAUAGCUCUGCUAUUCCAAUAAAGGCUUCCUGUGGUACAA